GAAGAGUCGGUCGUAAGCCUGGCACUAAAAACGCGUGCACUUUCCCCAACUGCAUCAAACAACCCCACCAUCCGAGAUCCACCCCGCUGUCACCAACUUCCAGAUGCCUCCAUGACAGACCUCAUAACUGUUCUUCCCGGCUUCCCAACCCAUCAAUAUGUGCGCCUUCUCCCCUCUCUCGAAAGGCACCAGGUGACGACCGCGGACCUGCUCACGCAAGACUGUACCGAAAUCGCGAAACGCGCUUCAUUGCCGAUCCUUGACGUGAAGAGACUUUGUAAUGCAGUCUUGGAAGCGUUGCAAGUAAGCUUGGGUGUUCAAGAGGAUGCAAACACCACGCAGGGAAGCUCCCUCCUGAGGAAGUCGGGAGAGGAUGUGGUCAAUUCAUGGAAUACCGUCAGCACGUUGGAUGAUGAUCUAGAUCAAGCAUUGGGAGGCGGUAUUCCUACUGGGCAUAUUACAGAAGUCACUGGUGAAAGUGGUGCAGGCAAGACUCAAUUCCUGCUCACCCUUCUCCUCGCUGCGCAAUUACCCGCACCUCAAGGCCUCUCCAGCAAUGUCCUCUACAUCUCAACGGAGAGUGCGCUGCCUACAAGUCGACUCUCUCAGCUUCUACGUACACAUCCAGUUCUCCUCGCAGCAAAUCCCAGGCCAAGUCUGGACUCCGUCAUCAGCAUAGUAACUCCCGAUCUCGAGUCCCAGGAUCACAUCCUACGAUUCCAAGUCCCAGUUGCUGUCAAGAGACAUGGCAUCCGCCUUAUAAUUCUGGACUCCGUGGCUGCAAAUUACCGAGCCGAGUUUGAACGUCCGGGAGGUGGAGCAGCGAGUGGUCAAAAGAGCGGAGCGAAUAUGGCUCAGCGCAGCUCUGAACUUGUGAAACUGGGACAGUUGCUCCGAGAGCUGGCAAGGGAGCAGGAUAUUGCGAUUGUUGUUGCCAAUCAGGUUGCAGAUAGGUUCUCUGGUGGUGGUGGUGGCUCUAGUCCGGUGCUGAGGAGGUCGACACAAAGCAGCCCAUUGGCAACGAGAAGUGCACCUGGAGGAGCAAUGCCGGAUAGCUCGAUUGGUCCUACAUCAAGCAUGCCAAUGGGAACCGAUCCUGGGAAUACGCCUUUCAAGAGUACGAUGGAUCCUAUGUCUCUUGAUCACCAACAGAGGUGGUUUACUGGCUGGGGCGACGACCCCUAUCCUUCCAAACUGGCUCUCAAGAAUCUCAAAACUCCAAGUCUGGGUCUGAUCUGGACAACCCAGAUUUCUUGCAGGAUAGCACUGAUAAAACGGCCAGUUUAUGGACCGGGACUAAAAGCUGAUGAGGAGAACGAGAGAGGCGAACUGGUUCUGAGGAAGUGGAGACGGUGGAUGAAAGUUGUAUUCGCGCCUCAUGCUCCACCUAGUGGACCUGGGGUACAAGAUGCCGUUGAGUUUGAGAUCAAGGGCGAAGGGCUAGCGGCAGUGAAGAAAAAGGGAAAGGGUGUUGAUGAAGAAGAUGAUGAUUUCUGAAUCCACUUUACGCUUCGCGCGGUGAACUUUGAUCUCAAUAAAGAAACGAACAUUUGAUGAGCCGUGG